GUGGAUGGAUCCCAAAACAAUGGCAAGGGAGAGAAAUUAAAGAAAAAAUCAUUUUGGAAAGCUAGGGACAUCCAUGCAAGAGGAGUUUCCUAAAAGAGAUCCCCGGGUAAAUGUCAGCAUUAUUUGAUCCUAACACUUGCUCUUUGCAGGUGAUGUGGAUCGUGUCUUAUGGCCACUAGAAACAGGACAGAAGUAACUGAAUUUGUCUUACUGGGCCUGUCCAGCUGGCCAGAGAAGCAACCUGUUAUUUUGGAGAUUGUCCUUACCAUGUACCUCGUGGCCGUUAUGGGCCAUGCCCUAUUAGUAAUUGUUGCCCUCUCCGACCCCAAGCUUCAGACCCCCAUGUAUUUCCUGCUCAGCCAACUUUCCUUUAUUGACAUAUUUCUGACAACCAUCACUGUUCCCCAGAUGCUGGUGCACUCACUGUCUGUGAAUAAAACCAUCUCCUUUAACUGCUGCAUGAUUCAGCUCUUCUUUUUUAUGGCUGUGGGCAGCAUGGAAGGCCACCUGUUGGCUGCCAUGGCCUAUGACUGCUAUGUUGCUAUCUGCGACCCCUUAAGAUACUCGGCCACCAUCAGCUGUCGCCUCUGUCUGCGCAACACGUUGAUCUUGUGGGUGGUCGUCAGCCUCAACAGCCUCCUUUAUAGUGUGUUGGUCACCCGGCUCAUGAGGAGGGAGAACCAGAGCAGUAUGUCCCAGUUCCUCCUCCUGGGGCUCCCCAUCCGGCCAGAGCAGCAGGGCAUGGUCUUCGCCCUGUUCCUGGGCGUGUACCUGACCACGGUGCUGGGGAACCUGCUCAUCAUCCUGCUCAUCAGGCUGGACUCUCGCCUCCACACCCCCAUGUACUUCUUCCUUAGCCACUUGGCCCUCACUGACGUCUCUUUCUCAUCUGUCACCGUCCCUAGGAUGUUAACGAGCAUGCAAACUCAGGAUCAAUCCAUCCCCUAUGCAGAAUGCAUAGCACAGAUGUAUUUUUUCAUAUUUUUUACUGAUCUGGACAAUUUCCUUCUCACCUCAAUGGCAUAUGAUCGGUACGUGGCCAUCUGUCACCCUCUGCACUACACCACCAUCAUGAGAGAGGGACCGUGCACCUUACUAGUCACUGUAUCUUGGAUUCUGUCCUGUGCCAAUGCCCUGUGUCACACCCUCCUCCUGACCCAGCUGUCCUUUUGUGCUGACAACGCCAUCCCCCAUUUCUUCUGUGACCUUGAUGUCCUGCUCAAGCUCUCCUGCUCAGACACAUCGCUCAAUGAGCUGGCCAUCUUCAUAGCAGGAAUGGCAGUCAUUAUCCUCCCACUUACAUCCAUCUUGAUCUCUUAUGGCCGCAUUGGGGCCGCCAUCCUGAAGGUUCCAUCCACCAAGGGCAUCUGCAAAGCUUUGUCAACAUGUGGCUCCCACCUCUCUGUGGUAGCUCUGUAUUAUGGAACAAUUAUUGCCCUGUAUUUUUUCCCAUCAUCCAGCAUGGCUAGUGACAAGAACAUAAUUGCCUCUGUGAUGUACACAGUGGUGACACCACUGCUGAAUCCUUUCAUUUACAGCCUAAGGAACAGGGACAUGAAGGGGGCCCUGGAGAAACUCUUCAACAGGGCAACAGUCUUGUCUCAAUGA